AUGUUUUUACCAGACUACGACACUUCUACUUUCGAAACAAAAUCUUGUCUCUACAUCUUUGUCUUUUAUAUCUUAUUCAGGAGUUUACUUGAGCUGGUUGCCUGGGACAAGGACAUUAUCAACAACGCUUAUAGUGGUGGUAACUCAUUGCUCCAUUUAAUUGCAGGAAAUGGUCAUCAUCAAACAACAAAGGCUAUCCUCAAGAACCCGGAUGUUCAAAUGAAGAAAAAGAAUGAGAAGGGACAAACAGCACUCCACGUGGCGAUUGAAAAAGGUUACAUAAUGACUAGUGCUCUCAUCUUGAAAACUGACAAGGGACUAGCAGAAAUCAAGGACAACAACAAGAUGACACCACUCAUGUAUGCCUGCCGAAUAGGGAAUAUCUACAUCGUUAAAAUGCUCUUGGAGAUGCUGACAGAGGCUAAAGUGAAGAUAGGGCUUCUUGAUUGUGACGGUCUGAAUUGCUUAGACCAUGCCAUCGACAAUGGGAAAGAGAUGAUUGCUGUAGAGUUGCUCGAUCAAGAUAAUUGGAGAAGCCUUAUGACGCGCGUUGCAACAAGUGCAGUUGGAGGACCCAGACCGACACCUAUGAGGAAACUCAUCAACUCUAUGCCAGGUGUCUGCAAAUUUGUGCUGGAUAAGUGCAUCAAACCGGAAGACGAAGCUGCAGAUAUAGAACUCGGCAAUGUCAAGAUCAAAGUGGACUUUGAAUUACUAGAGGACUGGUACUCAGAGUGGAUGAGGGAGGGUAAUUAUACCACAAUUACUGAAACACUAUAG